CUUUCGGACUUUCCUCCGGCCUGAGCUCCAUAUAAAUUCCAUACAAGUGCGCAGAAUCGCCAGUUCGUGGUAGGAAGCAGCUCAGGCACAGAGUGAAGCUUGAGGAGAAGCUGAGGAACUGACGGAGUGAGGAGCGUCCCCCUGCCUGUGCUGCUGCUGCUCUAUUCUCUACACAUACUGACCUCUGACACUCACCUCAGCUCCAUUCCUCUCUGGAGAAUUCUAUUGGCACAGCGGAUCAUACAGAAUCAUGAGUACAGCUGGGCUUCCCUUCACAGUGCUGGCUAUGUGCUCGCUGUCCUGCUGGUACAGGGCUUUAGCCGCAGAAACGACGAGCAUCGGCAAGGCUGUAAAUGUUAAAUGGUCAUCUAUCAACGGUAAGACCAUUAUUGAGUGGGAGCCUAAACCGACAAAUUACACAUACACAGUGGAAGUGGCCGGUGAAGGUGCCAACUGGAAGAGGAAAUGUAUCCAUAUAACAGCCACAGAAUGUGAUGUGACCGAUCUGUUAGAGAACGUAAAGGAUAAAUACACCGCUCGCAUUAUUUCUGACGUACAAGACGCGGAGGACUUCACAGAGGAGUUCCCUUACACGGAUAGCCCUCCAUUCGUACCUUAUGAGCAGACAAUUAUCGGAAAGCCAGUCAUUGACAGUUACAAUUUCAGUAAGGACGAUACCAAGCUCACGGUCAUAAUAAAGGAUCCUUUCACACCAUAUAGAUUCUCUAAUGGAAGUUUCAAGAGUAUUCGGGAGAUUUUUAACAACGACCUGAAAUACACGGUUUUUUAUAGGAGAGCUUCCAGCACAGGCAAGAAGCAGGAGACAAGUAGUAGUAACGAGAUUGUCAUCAAUGUGGAUCAAGGAGAGAGCUACUGCUUUUAUGUACAGGCAACUAUACCUUCUCGCAGUCAGAACCGCGACAGUCAAGUGUCUGACGAGAAAUGCACUACUUCCAAUAAGAACGCAGCCAGUGCUGUUUUCUCCACAAGUGAAUUUAUAUUCCUAUGUAGUUGGAUGUUACUGUAUUGGUUGCUGUGAUUAUAUCGGUGGUAUUGAUCGUUUUGAUUGUCAUCGCUCUAUCUGUAAUGCUGUGCAAACGUAAAAGAGCAAAGCCGGAUAAAGCGUCCGAUAACGACAUGUUAUAACCAGCAUUGCCGGCCUGUCUACACUACUAGAACCCUGCAGCCGCUCAGCACCCUGCCUGUUACUCUUGGCAUGCUUGUGCUUGGGCAGGGAAUUAUUCUUCUGUUUCUGUGAAACACAUUGGUUCUGGGAAACCUUAAUAACUGUUACAGUCAGAUUCUGACUACCUUAGAAUUUACUUCUGCAAACUAUCGUAUGAAAUGUUGAAUGUACGGGAAACACUACAAUUUGUAUUUCAACAAUUUUUUAGUAUGGCUCAGGAUGGGCAUAAAGACUAUGCUCAAGGACAAAA